AAAAUCCCUCAAUAAAUAAAUUACUUAAGUAUUCCUGGGACCGUCGCACUUUCAAUACGAUCGAAAAAGUUGCUCUUCAACCAAUCCAAAUCCAAUUCAAUCCAAUCCAAUAGCGAAGAAUAGAAAACCAUUUGUGCAGUUGCUCUUUUCCGCAAAAGCAUCGACAAAAUUCAAAAUAUAUUAAAUACGGGCGGCCAGCGGCAAGAACGUUUAGUAGUUUCGCCACUGCGGCAACUCAAGACGAAGUCAAGGUGUUCAUUUUGCCUGUCUCAUGGUUAAUGAUUUACAUUAAUAGAAACUGUUAAAAUGCGGCGUGAUGUUGGCUUGAGUGUUUUGGUCAUUGCGGCCGUUCUGAGCAACUUUGGAAUCAAUGCACAAAGAGGAAGAUCAUGUGAAACCCCUAACGGGGAACGUGCGACCUGCGUUUCUAUAUACAGUUGUAGGACUUUACUGGAUGUAAUUCGAAGCAGCGAUGCUAUGCAAGUUAGAUUUCUACAAAACUCCCAAUGCGGCUACGACAGGGAACCAUUAGUUUGUUGUGGAACUGCUAACACUUAUGCCAGCCAAAGUGGACGAAGAGUUUUUGGAAAUUCUGAAAGUUCGAGCAAUGGAAAUAACAAUUUCCGGAUAAAUCCCAGCAUUCCUGAUAGGGAAUCUUGCGGCCACGACUUUUCCGAAAGAAUUUUUGGUGGUCGAUCGACUGCAAUUAAUGAAUUUCCUUGGAUGGCCCUUCUGCAAUAUGUGAGCUCUAAUGGAAACAGAAGGUGGUCAUGUGCUGGAACCCUUAUUAACAAACGAUAUGUUUUAACUGCAGCCCAUUGUGUUACUGGAGAUAUUUUAGUCAAAAUUGGCAGACUAGUUAACGUCCGUUUGGGCGAAUUCAAUACAGAUAGUGCAAGAGACUGUCAAGGAGGUUUAUGUAAUAAUCCCGAGGAUAUUUCAGUUGAGGAAAUCAUACCCCAUUCCGGAUAUAACAACAAUAAUCAAAACAGAUACAAUGACAUUGCUCUUGUCAGAUUAAGCAGACCUGUUGUUUAUACCCAAUUCAUUCAACCCAUUUGUCUGCCUCGAUUACAUGAAGCAGCAGAAUACGGCGAUCGUGUCACUGUAGCAGGUUGGGGAAGUACCGAAUAUGCUAAGAGAAGUAGCGUGAAACUAAAAGUGGAAAUACCCAUAGCGGAGCGAAGUACUUGUACAAAGGAAUUUUCAUCUGCUGGAAUAAAUUUGAGAAGUUCGCAGAUUUGCGCCGGGGGUGAAAAAGGGAAAGAUUCAUGCACAGGUGAUAGUGGUGGUCCGUUGAUGAAAGUUGCUAAAGACGAUUCUUCUGUUUGGUAUCAAGAAGGGAUAGUUUCUUUUGGAGCUAAAUGCGGUACCGAAGGCUGGCCUGCUAUAUACACAAGGGUUGAAAGCUUUUUAGGCUGGAUACAUAGUACUGUCAGGGAUUAAAUGUAAUUAUGAAACCUAAUUCUAGUUUUUAAUAAAAUUAUUUAUUGAAUCAUGUGUGAAUUUUUGUAGCAAAUAGAAGAAAAUAGACUAUUUAGAAAUUAAGACGAUUGUAAGAGAGAGAAAAAUAAUAUUAAAAAAUCUCAUUAAUUUGCUCUAAAUGUUUACUGUUUUGUUCGCCUGUCUAAUUUGUUUAAACGUUUAAUCACAAAUUCAA